CUGGAGGCCGCCCCGACCUUCCCAUUUCAGGAGGACCCUCGCAAGCGGUUUCGUUAUGGUGCUGCUGGUGCUGGGGAUGAUGGAUACGCCUCCGCAGACGGUGGUGAACAUAUCGACCUCAAAGCCUACACCGAUGCCACGAAGGACGCUCUCAUGGCUUCCGUUAGCGCGGUGCAGACCCAGGUCCAGGCGAGCGUGGCAAGCUCGGUGGGCUCUCGGGCAUCCACAGUCCAGAAGUCUUGCGGGAACUUGGCUCAGCAGGUGGAAAGACGGAUGGCAUCAGUCGAAUUCAAUCUGUCGGACUACAUGUCCAAGACCGACCAGCGCCUGGACACCAUGGGCGAGCAGAUCUCUGAGUUGCAGCGGCUCGUCG